ACUCCUCAGGGGCACAGCACACACCCGUUCCGGGUCGAAGCGGGUCGUUUAGAUCGAGCCAAAGCACUUUUAUUCGAAUUCACCCGUGUUGUGCUGCUGCUGCUCCUAACUUAUGCGCUCCGUCAACACACACUCACACUAACGCACAUUCACUAGCAUGCUAACUAGCUCGGAAAGCAGUUCGAAGUUGGACUUUGGGUCGGUUUUGCACACUUUGUCCGGACUGACACGGCCCGGGAGUUAGUUUAGGGGGAGUUUGUGUAGCUGUCACCCGGAGGGGAGCGCAGUGGGACCGGGGAGGGGGAGGGGGGCAGGACAGAAGUUUGGCCACACGUGUCACUGGGGCUCAGACAACCUGUUGGGCUGCAGACAGAAACGCGGUGAAACCUGUGGGGACGGGACAAGAGUUGGACCUGGGUUUAAAGACCUGCACAGUGUGCUGAGCAGGCCGGGGCGCACGGAGACUCCGUGUGUUGAAGCCUCGGCAGUGAGUGUGAGCGGUGGACCCCCUCCCUUACAGGCUGCUGUUUACUAUGGUGGGUAAGAUGGGUGGAGAUACCAUGUCCCACCUCAACAGCUCCUCAGGAAGCGUCGAGCCUUCGCUGUACUACCCCGGCCAGAAACGACCAGGAGAAGAUGGAGUAGGGAACCAGCUAGCAGCCAUGGGGCAUCAAAGCAGGGUAAUCACAGAGGAUUACAAGGUCCCCGACAGGAUGGUGGGCUUCAUUAUUGGCAGAGGAGGAGAACAGAUCACCAGAAUCCAGGUGGAAUCCAGCUGCAAGAUCCAGAUUGCUGCUGACAGCGGCGGGCUGAUGGAGCGGCCGUGCUCCCUGACUGGGACUCCAGAGAGCAUCGAGCAUGCGAAGCGGCUGCUGGUCCAAAUUGUCGACCGCUGCAGAAAUGGUCCAGGUUUCCAUGGUGAUGGUGAAGGCGGGGCCUCAGUGCAGGAGAUGUUGAUCCCGGCGAGUAAGGUGGGGCUGGUGAUUGGCCGAGGAGGAGACACCAUCAAACAGCUGCAGGAGCGAGCGGGAGUAAAGAUGAUGAUGAUCCAAGACGGUCCGAUGCCGACAGGAGCCGACAAACCCCUUCGUAUCUCUGGAGACCCGUACAAAGUGCAGGCAGCGAGGGAGUUGGUGUUGGAGGUCAUCAGGGAGAAGGAUGGAGAUUUCAGGUCGGGACGCAGUGAUUUCAGUGCCCGACUGGGGGGAGCCAGCCUGGACGUUCCAGUUCCCAGGUUCGCUGUUGGCAUUGUGAUUGGCAGAAAUGGAGAAAUGAUCAAGAAGAUCCAGAACGAUGCAGGGGUCCGAAUCCAGUUUAAAGCAGAUGAUGGCAUCAGUCCGGAGCGUGUCGCCAUGGUCAUGGGACAGGCAGAUCGCUGCCAGCACGCUGUCCACCUCAUGAAUGAGCUCAUUCAGACCGCACAGGAGCGUGACGGUUUCAGCUCAGCCCUGCGGAGUAGCCGGGUCAGAGGUCGUGGUGAUUGGACUAUGGGCUCUCCUGGCCCCCUACAGGAAGUGACCUAUACCAUCCCUGCUGACAAGUGUGGCCUGGUCAUCGGCAAAGGUGGAGAAACCAUCAAGAGUAUUAUCCAGCAGUCUGGAGCUCACGUGGAGCUGCAGAGGAACCCUCCCCCCUCCACUGACCCCAACACCCGGGUCUUCACCAUCAGAGGCACUCCCCAGCAGAUGGACCUGGCCCGCCAGCUCAUAGACGACAAGAUCGGGGGUUCAGGUAUUAUGAGUAAUGGAGGAUUUGGCUUCAGUCCCUUCACCCAGGGCCCCGCCACACACCAGAACUGUGGCAGUGGUCAGACCUUCCUGACUGGAGUUUGGGGAAACACCUACCAGACCAGCUGGCAGAGCCCUGGACAACAGGACCCUGGUCACACUAUGGCUCAGACAGGACAGGUGGACUACUCUAAAGCAUGGGAGCAGUACUAUAAGAAGCUAGGUCAGCAGAGCCAGCCUCAGAGCAUGAUGACGGAGUACAGUAAGGCCUGGGAGGACUACUACAAGAAACAGAGUCAGUCAUCUCAGCAGAGUUCGGUGCCAGACUACACUGCAGCGUUGGCAGAAUACUACAGACAGCAGCCCUACCUGUGGAACCCCACCCAGAUACAGGAUCACUAGAGGCUCCCCCCUCGCUGGUGAACACCUCAGACGGUCGUCAACGGCAACCGAAUUGGGGUUUCCUAGCAACACUCUUCCUCCGCUUCCUCCUUCCUUUUGUAGAGAAAAACUAGGGAUUAACUGAAAAUCACGAACUCUCUUCUUUCUGUUUUUAACCUUGCAAAGUUGAUAUUUUGUCAGGCAGAUUUUUUUGGACUAGUCUCUGGUCUCACCACAGCGUAGACCUGGUUUUUCUUUUCAUUUUAUUUUUAUCAAACUUGAAUUUAAAGAUGUAUCAGUGUGGCUUUGAACAAAAGAAUCCAGUAUAAUCUAUAUUUUGUCUAGUUUUAUUUUCCCACAAGAAAACGGUAUAAGGCUUAGCAGUCUUGAGUAAGAAAAUCAGAUUUAUUAUUAUUAUUAUUAUUUUGUUUGAUAAUGUUUUAAAGCAUGCAUCAGAUUGUGUUGACUUUUUUUUUUAAUUUUGACAUUUUAAUGAGUCAGAUGAAAAUGUAAUGUUUUACUGUCGGAGACAAAACCUUUUUGUACUAAAUCUUGGCUCGCUGGGUUUGUUUGUUCUUGAUCUAAUUUUACACGUUUGGUCGCCAUCUUGGAGGUGCAAUGACACGUUUAUUUUCUUUUUGGUUUGAUGAUAGUUCUUGUUCCUGUAUCUUUAUGGUGAUUCUUUAGUUUUUACGAUAUAAUGAUGAAUAAAUGACAAUUUAUAUUGCGUUGCCUAAAGCCAGAUCUCUCUGUGGUCACACACUUGGUGUCCUCCACAGGAUUUAACCUGCAGUCGAUACCACAUUUCCCCACCUCAGCUUCAUUACAGGAAGUGAGAAAAAAAACUAUUUUCUGACACAGUGAAACAUUAUUAUUGUUGUAAUUUAGUUCUACAUUUCUAUUUUGCUGAUUUGAAGUGUUAGGAGCUGAACAAUGAAGUUAUUGUUUCUAUUAGCGAUGAAUUAGCUAAAUGCACACAUUAGCUAAACCAUGUCUGUUAGCAAAAAGCUGCAUGUUACCUCAGUUGUCUUACCUGAAUGGUGGCUAAUUGUUUCUGUUAGCUGUAUGGUGUUUUUGUGUGUUAACUAAAAGUUAGUAAUAAAUGGGGUUGCUGAAUUGUUUGUGUUAGAAGGG